AUGGCAACCGGGACCCUCUCGGCGCCAUUAGAAAGGCUGCCUUUUCAUCUUUUGGAAGGUAUAUGUUCCUGGCUGAAUUCGUCAAAAGACGGCGGCCUACUCGCCUUUUCGUUGGCGAAUCGACAGUGCGCCUCUGCGGCCAUGAGGUUCCGUCUCCGGCGUAUCCAUCUCAAGAUCGACCGACUGAGUCCAGACGAAAGUUUCACUUUUAUAGAUGAGACGCCAGAUAUGAAUAUCCGCCUUAGCUUUGUUCGCAAUCUCAGGAUUAGUGGUUCUCGGGCCUAUGAAGAGGACUCAGAACAAAACGAAAUCGGGCGUGAAGAGAUUGAAGAGGAAAGCUUUUUUGCGAAGCCCAGUCCUCUUUGUCCCUCAAGAUUGAGAUCCCCUCUCUAUGAGUCAAACGAACUACCACAAGUGCCAGAGGAGGUAUUACGGAUGAAGAUCAAGUAUCAAGAAACCUGGGUCGGAAUAGCGAAAUUCAUCAGCCGACUGAGUUGUUUAUCUGAUCUUGUAUAUGAUUGCAUAAGCCAGGUACCGAUGCGCUUGCUUUCAGCGCUACGCGACAAUUGCCCAGAUGCCAGACUACAUGUUUAUACCUUCAGUCUUCGAAGUCUCUAUCAGCCAAGUAACGAAUAUCACGAUGUCUCGCCAGAGGAGUAUGCCCUUGCUACAUCUCCGAACCUUUAUGGAAUUUACAUGAAAUACUCUUCUUAUGAUGGAGAUAGAUAUAUUGGAUACAAUGAAGAAGCCGUGAUGCAGAUGGUAAAAGGUUUAGCGCCAAGGCUCUCAUAUGUUGGCAUGGCUGGUCAACCGGUAGGUGAUACCAUUGAGUUAGCCCAUGCCAUCCGGCUACACAGGCAGUCCGGUAAGCCGAAAUGGAAGGGUUUCUUCAUCAACGAGGGCCAACUAACUAAACUGCAUUUGGGAAUUACUACUAUUGAUGCAGUACAAGCCCUGGCCAUUAUUGGAGAGGAUGGUGGACUAUCUUCUCUCUCUUCUCUCUCUUUAAUGCCUGAAGCAUGGAAUCUAGAGCAAGCAAUGGCUGCCGAUGCGUCCGUAUGUCGACUAUUACGAGCUAUAAAGCCACUGCAAAGCCUCGAAUUGAAAGGAGAAAUAGGAGACACCGCCUGGUGUGCAGUGAUUGAUCAACACGGUAACUCUCUUCGAGAGCUUCGUUUUGUCCCAGCCUCGGAGUACUACGAUGAUAUCGAGGGUCUUGUGCUCUCCUGCGACAGGAUAAGUCUACUUUCAAACAUAUGUUUGAACCUGGAGAAACCGGAGCUACGUAUACCUCGAACCCAUGGGGAUGGAGAUGAAGUUGGCAUCUAUCAAACUCUUGGCCGGCUUCCACGAUUGAAACGUAUCUCUCUGGUGCUUGACUGCUCUGUCAUCAAUCCUCCCGAAGUAAGGCAUGGAGAAUCAUUUAUUGACAUGGGUGGCUGGGAGCUACCCGUUGACGCUUUCCGCGCGGCGCUCAUCAAUAACGCAAUGGAUUCGGCCCUUGCACAAUCGAUAUUUGAAACAAUAGCUACAAUGAGAGAGUACACCGGCGGAAGUUCUAUGAUCGAUUUAAAGUUAAAAAUUUAUGGCGCUGGCAACUUCGGAAGGUUCUCGAUCGACAGUGAACAGAGGAUCCCUCUAGAAUGGGUCGGGCAAAGCUGGUUUGUGAGAAGGAAUUCUCGGGACGGAGGUCCUGUCGUUCAAAAAAUCAAAUCUUUCGUCGAUGAUCUUGACGUGCUGAAGGAUGAUUCUUUUGAGCGCGACGACCUAAGAGCUGUCUGGAUGGAUAUAUGGCCAGGAAGUCCGGGUGAUCGAAGGAAUCAGUGGCAUAGCUUCCCUCUGGCUAGAUCAGCAGACUGA